GUCGCAAUCAUCAUGCCUAAACCCGGUGACUGGCUCAAGGCAAAGGAUUCGUUGCUAAGCUUUGAAGAGUACAAAAAGCUGAGAACAGAGCUAUGAGUCAUGUCUAGAGAAAAAUAAUUCUCCAAAAAAUAAUAGUUGGAUGGCUCAAACAACCCCAAAGCACACACAAACUGUCCAUGGCUGGGCUGCUCACGACUCUUCUGGAACCAUCACUCCUUACACCUUCAAACGCAGAGAGAAUGGAGUGAACGAUGUAACGAUAAAAAUUCUCUACUGCGGAAUUUGCCACACUGAUUUGCACCACGUCAAGAAUGAUUGGGGCAUAACUAUGUACCCUGUCGUUCCUGGGCAUGAAAUUGUUGGGGUUGUAACCAAUGUAGGCAGCAAUGUUACCCAAUUCAGGACCGGGGAUCGCGCCGGAGUGGGAUGCCUGGCUGCGACGUGCCUCGACUGUGAAUUCUGUCGAGACGAGCAAGAGAACUACUGCGAGCACGCUCAGUUCGUGUACAACGCCGUUUUUUGGGAUGGCUCCAUAACCUAUGGAGGCUACUCCGAAUUCAUAGUCGCCGAUCAUAGGUAUGUUGUGCACGUGCCCGAAAACCUACCAAUGGAUGCCGCGGCGCCUCUUCUUUGCGCCGGCAUCACCGUGUUCUCUCCAUUGAAAGAUCACAACUUGUUGGAGUCCAAAGGGAAGAGGAUAGGGAUAGUUGGCCUCGGAGGGCUCGGCCACAUCGCCGUGAAAUUCGUGAAGGCGUUUGGGCACCACGUAAGUGUGAUCAGCACGUCGGCGUCCAAGGAGAAGGAAGCCAAGGAGCGAUUAGGCGCCGACGACUUCAUUUUGAGCACCAAUGAAGAACAAAUGCAGUCGAAGAAAAGAAGUCUCGACUUUGUUUUGGACACGGUCUCGGCCAAACACUCCCUCGGCCCAAUUCUAGAGCUGCUCAAAGUGAAGGGGACUUUGGUGGUUGUCGGCGCGCCGGAUAAGCCCCUUGACUUCCCGUCGUUUCCCUUGAUUUUUGGGAAAAGAGUCGUGAAGGGAAGUGUGAUCGGGAGCAUAAAAGAGACGCAAGAGAUGAUGGACCUCUGUGGAAAGCACGGCAUAACUUGCGACGUUGAGGUUGUCCGAACUGAUGGAAUCAACCGAGCUCUCGAUCGGCUGGCCAAAAAUGAUGUCAAGUACCGGUUCGUGAUCGACAUUUCCAGCGACCGGCCGGCUUCGAAACUGUAGGAAUUAAUUAGCUUUUGUUGCCUCAUUGAUCUUCUUGUCAACUAUUCAAAUAUUAAUAGACCCUGAUUCUGUGUUUUGAAUGAAAAUUUGAUUUUUUCUGUAAUG